GCAAAUGGUAGACUUUUGAGAUCUACACCUUGCGCGCCGUCACAAAAACUAGUCAACAUGGCAGGCGGUCCACUUCACGAGUUGGGAAUACUUUUGAAGAAGAUCGGCUUCAAAAGGAUAAAGAAGUUCCUUCAAAAGUUGUUUCAUGACCAAGCGACUCAAGCACCGCCAACCCAGCAGCAACAACAGCAGCAACCACAGCAGCAGUAUUACCAGCAACCCUACCCAGCACCCGACACGAGAUGGAAUCAGAGUCAACCGCUCGCACCAGUUCCUCAGCCACAGCAAGGACAGCCGCCGGUGAGCGGCGCUUGGAGUCACGGUCCUCCGCAUAUAGCAGCCCCACCCCAGCAACAGCAUGCGGCGCCCGCAUCACAACUCCCAACUUACCCGGCGAGCAGCCAGGCGGUAGCCGUCCCACAACCUACGCCUCAGGAGCUGACCAAUCUUGCUGACGCUGUCGCAAGGCUGUGGGAACUGGAUGCCAAUCGGCUGGAGCCGGGAAGAGAUUUUAGCCUCAAUCUACAGAAUGCGACCAAAGUCUACGCUCAAGUGGACGCUAGCCCCGCGCCCCUCUUUGCCAACGUCUCACCUGAAAUCUUGCGCCGAUUUCCAACAUAUGUGCUGUUUAUGGCCUUGCUUGACAACUACCAUGCACAGAAUGGAAUUGCCGAAAAGGUGACGGCAGAGGAGAUUAAGGAGCAAAACGCGUUCAUUGAAGAGCUGCUGAAGACGGCUCCCAUACAAUAUUGCCACCGUUAUUUGGCGGCAAAAGCGCUUGCACCAGCAAAUUUGGGAGAAUUUAAGCAGCUGUUAAAGCGCAUAUGGUUUGAUUUGUAUAAGCGCCAGGUCGCUAAUGAUUCAUCAGCAUUUGAACACACGUUUGUGGGUGAAAUGAAGGCAGAGCAGGGUGUUGUCGGUUUUCACAACUGGAUUCAGUUUUUCUUGGAGGAACGCAAGAGAACCGUGGAUUAUCGAGGUUACAUCCUCCCCCGACGAAGGAAUGGUGGAGGUCAGUCGCCAGAGCACUCGCACGUUUUGAGUUUCCAGUUCAGCUGGCACGGCGAGGUGAAGCCAGUUUCUACCUUUUUCAUUGGAACAAGUCCCGAGUUCGAGAUUGCCCUCUACACCCUUAUAUUCUUAACAGGACAAGAGGACAACGUUGUUUACAUUGAGGAUACUGAAGUGAACAUUAAAUGCCAUAAAUUUCAGUCUGCGCGCGGACUACGUCUUGGAUCUUGCUACCCUGUAUCUGGGUAGUUUCUGAUUGCACAAAUUAGCUGAAUUCCUAAUAGUUUUAGACUCGUAGUAUUUUCUAUAGAUUAUCACUCUUGUUGGGGAUACAAUUUUGGAAAAUAACGUUAGGGUUAGACUUUGCAGCCAAGAUGAGCACUAGUUGAUCUCCUCGUCGGGCUUUGAAUCUUUUGAUACAUUUGGCAUCGACAUUCAAAUCACCAGAUUUCCACCGAGAUGCAAGCAGAACCUGCGAUGAAAACCCCGGCAAUCAAGUCGUGCCGUUGCAAAGCCAAACGACUCCAAAUAAGCAUCCGC